AGAAGGUCCAAAACGUUGUUAUGGUUGCGUAAUGACGUCAUUGCGCAUUCCAGUCCCCAUCGUCACAUGGGAUGGAAAGCAGUCCGGGGCAUGAAGGUCACGUGGUGUACGAGCUACACGCCGCUGCUAUCCUGACAGAACGUCACAAAUAUAUUGCACUGGGAGGUUUGCUGGCACAUAUGCUUUGUACAUACACUGAAAAUAUUGUAGGGUUCUACUGAUGAACUCUGUGUUUCCUAGUCUGUUAUGCUGUGUACGUAAAAGACAUAGAAGAAAGGAUGUUAGCAGUGUUGAAAUUUGUGCUUGGAAAAUCUUCUAUUUACCCAGAGUGUAUUUAUUGCUGUAGGAGACAACGCUUACCGUGCAGUAGACCAAGACGUCAUAAUGGCCAUUUCAGGAACUACAGCAUGCCAGGAGGUGAUGUUAAAUCUUUGCGGAGUAUCAUCACUCCUCCAGUAUCCAAGAUCAGAAAUAUAGGAAUUAUGGCUCAUAUUGAUGCUGGCAAAACCACAACAACAGAGAGGAUGUUGUAUUAUUCUGGUUAUACCCGUGCUCUUGGAGAUGUUGAUGAUGGGGACACAGUGACAGAUUUUAUGGUUCAGGAACGGGAGCGUGGGAUCACUAUUCAGUCUGCCGCUGUCACAUUUGACUGGAAUGGACAUAGGAUCAACUUGAUAGACACUCCAGGACACGUGGAUUUCACUGUAGAAGUGGAGCGCUCAUUGAGGGUGUUGGAUGGAGCAGUCGCUGUGUUUGACGCUUCGGCUGGUGUGGAGGCUCAGACGCUGACAGUGUGGAGACAAGCAGACAAGCAUUCCGUACCACGAAUGUGUUUUAUAAACAAGAUGGACAAGAAUGGAGCCAGUCUUACUUAUUCCAUUGAAAGCAUUAAAGAGAAGUUGAAAGCCAGACCUUUAUUGUUACAGCUUCCUAUAGGGGAGGAAAAAUCAUUCCAGGGUCUGAUUGAUUUAGUAACCAUGGAAUCCCUCAGCUGGAACCCACAAUCCAAUGAAGAUGAUGGAAGAAGAUUUCAGAGGAAACCUUUGAGUGACUUAACGGAUGUUGACCUUCUGCAGUCAGCCAAAGAAGCCAGAAAUUGCUUAUUAGAACAAAUUGCAGAUUUAGAUGAUGAUUUUGCUUCAAUAAUGCUUGAAGAAUACAGUGAGGAUUUUAAUCUCAUACCAGCAGAACAGGUCCAGGCUGCUAUUCGUAGGAUUACUCUGGCUCGCUCAGCAGUUCCAGUGCUAUGUGGCAGUGCUUUGAAGAAUAAAGGUGUUCAGCCUCUGCUAGAUGCCAUCACAUUGUACUUACCCUCACCAGAAGACUGUUCCCAUGACUUCAUGUCCUGGUACAAGGAUGACUUGUGUGCUCUGGCAUUCAAGGUUGUUCAUGACAGGCAACGUGGACCCAUGGUCUUUGUCCGAAUCUAUUCUGGAGCGAUGAAGGCACAGUCAGCAGUGUAUAAUGUGAAUAAAAACUGCACGGAAAGAAUGAGUCGAUUGCUCCUGCCUUUUGCUGAUCAACAGGUUGAAAUCUCCUCCUUGCCCCCUGGAAAUAUUGCUCUAACUGUAGGACUUAAGCAGACUGGAACCGGAGACACGAUUGUAUCCUCUAAAGCAUCUGCAUCAGCUGCUGCUCGCAGAGCGGGUCGAGCUGGGGAGAAGAGCAAGGACAAGAAGUCACAGGACCACCUGGUGUUAGCUGGAGUGGAGGUUCCAGAGCCAGUCUUCUUCUGUACUAUUGAACCCCCCUCUGUAGCCAAACAACCAGAUUUAGAAAAUGCACUAAGAUGUCUCCAGUUAGAAGAUCCAAGCCUCAAUGUGAAGACAGACCCUGACUCUGGACAACUAAUUCUCUGUGGAAUGGGGGAACUUCACAUAGAGAUAAUACAUGAUCGCAUCCGGAGGGAGUACGGUUUGGAAACAUUCUUAGGACCCCUUCAGAUUGCCUAUAGAGAAACCAUUCUCAGUGCCUCCCGUGUGUCAGAUACCUUGGAUAGAACGAUGGGCGACACCCGACACCAGGUGACAGUAGAGCUGGAAGUAAAACCCUUAUCUGAUGACAGUCCAGUCAUUGAAUAUUCUGGUAAUCUGUCGUCUAGUGUGAACAGCUAUAAAGAAGCAAUAGAAAAUGGCAUUCACAGCUCUUACCUCACAGGUCCUUUGCUUGGUUCCCCCCUGCAGGAUGUUGGGGUGAUUGUACAUGAAGUUAAUGUUCUGCCUGGUACCUCAAUGACUGUGGUGUCUGCUUGUGUAUCACGCUGUAUGCAGAAAGCGCUAAAGGCAGCAGAAAAGCAAAUUCUGGAACCAAUGAUGAGGUUGGAAAUCACAAUUGGGGAAGAUUACCUGAGCCGGGUCUUGGCCGACCUUUCCCAGAGAAGAGGAAAUGUUCAGGAAAUACAGGACCGCUUAGAUAAUAAAGUUGUACUAGCCCUUGCUCCACUUGCUGAACUGAUGGGCUAUUCUACGGAUCUGCGCUCAGUAACAUCAGGAAGCGCCACCUUUACUCUAGAACUAUCCAACUAUGAAGCCAUGAACUCCCAGGACCAGCAUUCUCUUCUUCGGAAAAAGAACCUUGUAUAAACAUUACGGGUGUUUUUGGCUUUCCUGCUUUAUACUGUAUUUAUUGUUUAAAUAUAAAAAGAACUACAGUCUA